CCCAAUUUUCAUUUCUUCUAAUCGCAUAAUCCACCGAAGAUUUCCGCCCAGAGAAAGAUAGAGAGAGAGAGAGAGAGAGAGAGAGAGAAAUGGGGAAAGAUCUGAGCGACGAUCAAAAAUCCUCCAUGAAGGAGGCAUUCACGCUCUUCGAUACCGACGGCGACGGCAAGAUCGCGCCGUCGGAGCUCGGUAUCCUUAUGAGGUCACUCGGCGGAAACCCCACGCAGGCCCAACUCAAAGCCAUCAUCGCCGACGAGAAGCUCAACGCGCCCUUCGAUUUCUCCCGGUUCCUCGACCUCAUGCACAAGCAUCUCAAGCCAGAGCCUUUCGACCGUCCUCUCCGCGACGCCUUCAAGGUCCUCGAUAAGGACUCCACCGGCUACGUUGUGGUUUCGGAGCUCAGGCACAUCCUCACCAGCAUCGGCGAGAAGCUCGAUCCGGCGGAGUUUGAUGAGUGGAUCCGAGAGGUUGAUGUUGGAUCCGACGGCAAGCUCCGCUACGAGGACUUCAUUGCCCGCAUGGUUGCCAAGUGAUUUCCCCCCAUGCACAACACCCGGUUUUAGGGGUAACUUGAAUGGAUUGGUUGAGCUGUUAGUUUGCUUCCUUCUACAGACUUUAAAUCUUUUGUGUGGUGUGGUGAAGGGCAGUUUCAAACAGACUUUCAGUUCUUUUUUUUUGUUUUGGGUGAAAAAUUCGCAUAUGUUGGAUGUUUAAGUGUUAAUUGUAUUUGGAUUUUAGUAGUCUGAUGAACAUUUUCUUUCAACCUUUGGGAUCCAGAAGUACUUGUGGUGCGCUUUAUUCAUUAAAACAUGUGUGUAUAAUGUUUAAUGCUAAGUGGAUGUUUUUAUU